AAAUCUUACGCGCAGAAUCAUGGGUGGCGCUAUUGUCGAUUCGUUUUGUUGUCAUCAGCCACAUUCACGCUAAGUUGUUUUUAAUCCGAUUUUCAUUGGAACUUUUAGUUUUAACCAAUAAAUUACAACCUUCCUUUGACAGAAACAUAAUGCAACCAAUGGUGCGAAUUUAUCUUUACAAAUUUUCAUAACAAGUAAUCCGAGUAGUGUGUCCUCAAAAAUUCGAAAUCGAGGUUAACUCCUGAUAGUCCACUUUUUUAGACAUUUCUAAGUAAUGUGACAAUAUUGAUUUAGUAAAUGGUGAAUUAUCGGUGCCAUGGAAAGGAGAAUAAAAUUAAAAACUUUGAACAGUCAUAUAACUUGCAAAAUAUGCCGUGGUUAUUUAAUAGAUGCUACUACAGUAACAGAAUGCUUACACACGUUUUGCAAAAGUUGUUUAGUAAAACAUUUGGAAGAAAAACAUACAUGUCCGACAUGUCAAAUAGUAAUCCAUCAAUCGCAUCCACUUCAAUAUAUCAGUUUCGACAGAACAAUGCAAGAUAUUGUUUACAAAUUAGUUCCAGAUCUCCAAGAAAGUGAAAUCAAAAGGGAAAGAGAAUUUUACAGAGCGAGAGGUUUACCAUGUCCCAAGGAUAUUUUACCAAACGCUGCAGAAGUAGAAGAAGAAAAAGCAACUGCCGAUGCUCAUGCAGAAUCGGAUUAUCAUAGAGCUGAUGAACAGGUGAAUGUAUGCCUGGAAUGUAUAAAUGCUAGUUUGAAGACUUUAAAACGAAGAUUUAUCAGAUGUUCAGCACAGGCUACAAUUACACACCUUAAAAAAUUCAUUGCCAAAAAGGUUCUUAGUGGCAUGGAAAAAUAUAGAGAUAUUGAUAUUUUGUGCAAUGAUGAAUUACUAGGUAAGGAUCACACUUUAAAGUUUGUAUAUGUGACAAGAUGGAGGUUCCGGGACCCACCCUUAAGAUUACAAUAUCGACCACGAAUAGAUAUUUAAAUCUAUGUUUUUUACAUAGAAAAGUUACAAAAAUCUCGUUAUGAAUCAAUAAUAUAUAUAUAUAUAUAUAUAUAUAUGCAUAUAUGUGCAUAUAUAUACAUAUAUAUGUAAUAUAUAUAUGUGUGUACAUGUAUGUAAAUAUAUACACACAUAUAUAUAUUUUAUCAUAUAUAUGUGUGUGUGUAAAUAUAUACAUAUAUAUGCAUAUAUAAAUAAUUCGUUGAUGCAUCAUUCGUCGCAAUAUUUAUGCAUUUGUGUUCUCUACAAAUAACAUAAAUUUUUAAGAGAGAAACAUUCUCCUUAUUGUUAAACUACUUUGAUGCUCAACAAUUAAUGGUACAAUUCUUUAUCGCGUAAGAUCUCCAUUUGAAGAAACCUGAUUGCAUUUGUGAACACGCCUUAUUUAAUUUUUCUAUUUAAUAUACCUCAAAUUAGUUUUUGCGUAUAUAUUUUCAAUACAUUAAUUUAAUGUUAUUAGGUAAAUGUUAAAUAUACGAAAGCUUAACAGAUUUUUUUUUAAUAAGCAAUGCUUCAUUUAAAUAUGUAAAUUGGAUAUUUACAAAAAUCAUACGUUUCGAGGAAACAUAUUUAUAGUUGAAGUAAACUUACGUUCUAAUUAGAUACAAAAUUGUUGUCGUCUAAUCAACCGAUAUAAUCACUUAUAUCAUCGUUUUAUUAAUUCAAAAAUUAAUAACUCCACAAAAUUAUGCAUUGUUGUUAAAGACAUCGUACGUGCGAUAAGACGAAAAGCGAACUAGUUUUGAUUUCGAACAAUGUUAUUGAUUUGGACACGAUCAUAGAAUUUGUUUUGUUUGUUUAUCAUCGAUUGAUUUAACAACAACGAUUUUGUUACUAUGCGACAUCUAAUUAGGAUAUUGAGUAAUAUGGAAAGCAACUGCGAUCAUUGCAUUCCUUAUAAUUUCAUUACAUUACGAGAUUUUCUAUUUUCACAUUGACUGAUGUUGUUUGUAAUUUAAUCUAUGACAUUUAUCAAUUGAGUUUAUUUUUCCUUUUACUGCAAGUAUGUAUUUAUUUAUAUAGUCAAAUUGUUGAAGGUAUUUUUUUUUUUUUUUUUUUUUUUUUCUUUUUGUUUGUAAACGCACUUGUAAUUAUUGUUAUAUCAUACUUAUCACCCGAACCUGCCAUGUACACACAUCAAACGUUAAUUUCACAUUAUUUUAUUUAAAAGCGCAACAAUAUCAUUACGGAUGAUCUUUCCUACAAAUAUUAUCCUCUAUCUUACAAAGACCGUCAUUCUUUCUAAGUGUCUAAUUAAUAGAAGUUUGUUUCACUUUAAUUUUCACCACGUACACCUACACACAAAUAUAUAUUCUGACUGUACAUAAAAUAUUUUUGACAAAAUUCUAUAUACAUGCGCGCAUAGAUGCAGCUUUGUACGAAGCAAGAAUAUACAAAUUUGGAUCUAGUAUAUUUCUAGAUCUUGUUAACUUUCUAUGCUUUAUGCGAUGCAUAUAUCGUCAGAUUAUACCCAAAUUUCUCUCGACAUUAUAAACCUACAAUGAUAAUUUUAUCGACAAAACUAAAUAUUUUGAAAAGACUGUCGAGUGAAAUUUCGGGUUAAUGACUUAUUUCUCAUAGUAGAUCAAAUCAUUUUUAUGAAACGAUAUUAAGGAAAAAGACGUGUGAUUGUAUAUACAAGUAUUAGAAUGUUGAGAAGUGUAUUUUGCAAAGUAGCAGCUGCGCUUAACAGCGUUAGGGCUUGUAUAUUGUACACUGUGUGCGUAUAUCUAUAAAUUAUUAAAUAAAUAUGUUUUGUACAGUAACUGUACCAAUGAUCGCCGAUAUAUUUUCAAUGUCCGUUGUUGGUAGAAUAAAAGGCAAGAAAAAUGUUUUUAAUAAAAAUAUUAUCCAUAUUAUAUUAUAUUA